AUGUAUUGGAUAAUUCAACCAAUAAUUUCAAAAAGUGCUUUGGUUACUGAACUGAUUUAUAAAUUUGCAGGUUCUAACAGAUUUCUCAGUUUGUUGCUGGAUUCAAUCCUAGGAAUUGUCAUAAUUAAUUUAAUACCAACUGAAUGGAAAUUAAUUGAAAAUUUUUGGAAAAUUGUUUUUCUUUCAAUUGAACAAUUAGAAAAUGUAAUUAAUUGGUUAACUCAAAACCCUGCAGGAUUAAAAUUAAAUGAUGCAUUAAAUACUUUUUUGAGCAACUUUUUUCUGUAUCAUAUACAUUUGUGGAAAUGUAAGGAAGAGGUUUUUUUUAUUUUUUUUGGAGAAGAGCCUAGGGAGAUUUUUUCGAAAAAGUUGCUAGGAAUAACUGGGGUUUCCAAAAUGGACCGCUCGGACCGAAAGAUCGAGUCGGGCCUAAGAUAUUUGACCCGAAAAAGACUCGUCGUGCAGGCCCGACUCGAUAAAAACAAGCAUGGAAAAUGCCUCGACCGUCGGGGUCGACUCGAAAACGGGAACCCUAGGAAUAAAUGAUGUAACAUGUUGAAAAGAGAAGGCUAGAUCGGGUUUUUGAAAAUUUCUCGGUUCGGGUUUCUGGUCAGAAAAAGUCUGGGUUUUGGGUAAGCCGUGUUAUAACCCACGACAUCUCUGUUAGGUGACAUCUCCUUAAACUG